AUGCUGCAGAUUGACUCAACUUCAACUGAUGUUUGCCAUCGGGAAGACAGCGAGCUCUGGCGUCUCAGCUCCGCGCGAUGGAUAUGCCUGGCUGGGCCCCAUGGGGUAUUUAGCCCGCCGCGCUCGCCCCAACUAUGGCCAGGGACGGGACCAGCGCGUUGGAACGGCUCACGGAGCAGAGUUCAGGGCACGAUUUCCCCCGUGGCGGAAGACGGGCCAGGUCACGUGGGGCACCCACGUGGUCGUAGAGUCAGUACAGUACAUGAUGAGGCCGCCCAGGACGCAAUGCCGAUUUGGGUCGUGGACGCUGCCGUGGUGGAAGCUAAAAGGCGAAGGGGCCUGGCGUCUCCGCGCAGGCGAAUAAUAACUGGAGGCUAG